AUGAUAAGCAAAUUUUUCGGCCGAAACAUCUGCAUUUGCACUUUCAUCCGGGGUUGGAGGCUUGGAGCAGCAAAUGCAUUAGUCUUUGAGAUAGUGAUGACUUUUGGGUUGGUGUACACAGUUUAUGCAACUGAAGUGGACCCAAAGAAAGGUAACAUUGGACUAAUUGCACCAAUUGCAAUUGGCUUCAUUGUUGGUGCAAACAUCUUGGCUGGUGGUGCCUUUGAUGGAAUUGCUGCACAUGUCUCUGAGCUUUUCUUCAUCAACCAAAACACUCAUGAGCAGCUUCCAACCACAGAUUAUUGA